GACCAACCCAGCAGCUGCCAUCUCUCCCGCUGAAGCUCGCCUCCUCACCCUCAGACAUGAAGGUCUCCGCAGCGCUUCUGUGCCUGCUGCUCACAGCAGCCGCCUUCAGCACCCACGUGCUUGCUCAGCCAGAUGGGAUUAACACCUCAGCCACCUGCUGCUAUAAAUUCAUCAAGAAGAAGUUCCCUAAGCAGAGGCUGGAGAGCUACAGAAGCAUCAGCAGCAGCCAGUGUCCCCAGCCAGCUGUGAUCUUCAAGACCAUAUUGGACAAUGAGAUAUGUGCUGACCCCAAGCAGAAGUGGGUUCAGGAUUCCAUGAAGUACCUGGACAAGAAAACCCAGACUCUAAAGCUUUGAGCAUUUGUGCCUCAGCUGAAGCCAAGCCAGUACUUGAGAAACAAAUAAUUUAUAUCCCUGUUCUUUCCAAAAGUUGUUCUGAAGUUAUCAUGUUAUAAUUCUAAGGAACAUGAGCUUUGUGUAAUAAUGUGAUCAUAGUUAUUCUUAAGAAAUGUUUUUUAAAGUUGUUGAUAUUAUAAUUUAAUCUGCCAUGGAUUUGGAGUAAAGCCUUCAACACAUCACAUCAGUUCAGACCCGUAAAAACUGCUGGAUGCUCCUUCCCUCUUUAUCUGGCUGAAGUGCUGUGAAGGUCCUUGCAAGAAUCAAUGCA